ACAAAUCAAGCAGCCGGCUUCAACUUGCAAAGACAAGAAAAAAAGUUUUGACUUUUUUUUUUUGUCUCUUUAUCUAUACUGAAUCUGCUAUUUAGCUUUCUUUCAUUUCCAUUCUUUUUUCGACCACAAAUAACGAAAGUACAAAAUAGAAAAAGAUGAAGCAUCAAGCUGUUGUGAUUACGAUUUUGGUUUUGCUCUCAUUUGCUUCAGUUUCAGCUAGAUUCUUUCCAAAUAUAACAGCUAUUCCGCCAUGGCAUCUCCCUAAUACCACCUCAAUCGCCCCAUGGGAUGCCUUCACGAAAUUCGCCGGCUGCCAAUCAGGCGAAGUACGAGACGGUUUGUCCAAGCUCAAACAGUACUUUAGCAAUUUCGGUUACAUCCCCAACUCUCCGUCUAAUUUCAGCGACAAGUUCGAUGAUGAGCUAGAAAAGGCCUUGAAAACAUACCAACAGAAUUUCAACCUUAACGUUACCGGUCAACUGGACGAUAAAACUCUUCAACAGAUCGUACGGCCGAGAUGCGGUAACGCCGAUAUAGUCAAUGGGACGAAUUCCAUGAACUCCGGUAAAUCGUCGUCUUUUCACACCACUGGACACUUCCAUACCACGGCUCAUUACACUUUCUUCCCGGGAACGCCAAUUUGGCCUGCCAACAGGCGGGACUUAACGUACGGUUUCUUACCUGCAAAUGGAUUAACAGACGAGGUAAAGGCGGUGUUCACAAGGGCAUUUGAGAAAUGGUCGGCUGUUACGCCGUUGACCUUUACGCAAACGGAUUCAUUCUCCUCUGCGGACAUCAAAAUCGCUUUUUACAGCGGAGACCAUGGAGACGGAGAGCCAUUCGACGGAGUUUUAGGAACGUUAGCUCACGCGUUUUCUCCUACAAACGGGAGGUUCCAUUUGGACCAGGACGAGAACUGGGUCGUUUCGGGUGAUGUCACGAGGUCAGAUCUGCCGUCUUCUGUGGAUUUGGAGUCCGUGGCUGUUCACGAGAUCGGGCAUUUGUUGGGGCUGGGGCAUUCGUCGGUGGAAGAUGCGAUUAUGUACCCGACAAUCUCUGCGAGAACAAAGAAAGUGGAGUUGGCGACUGAUGAUAUCGAAGGGAUUCAAUUGUUGUACGGUAGUAAUCCCAACUAUAAUGGUUCGACGACUACUUCGAAUACUCAGGAGAGGGAAACUAACGAUGGUGAAGCCCGUUAUUUGGGUUCAAGGUGGAGCCUUGGCGUACUCUUGGCCGUUGGAUUUGGGUCCUUAUUUUUGUAAAUUAUUACUUACUGUGUUUUAUUAUGCAUUAUGAUUUAUAGAUAUUCAUUUUUAAUCGUUUAUUAUUGUAAAUUAUUACGUACAGUGUUUUAUUAUGCAUUAUGAUUUAUAGAUAUUCAUUUUUCAUCUUUGGCGCUUGGUUUCAAUGUUCACAUAAUUGGGAU